GAGCGGCGCGCGGCGGCCCCGGCGGGUGAGCGGCGCCGGGGGACGCUGGGCGCGCGCCGCUGCUCCGCUCCCGGCGCCUCCUCAGUCCCGACCCGCCGCACCCGCACCCGCACCCGCCGCGUUAAUAAUGCUCUAGAAUGUCAGCGCUGAAAAAGGUUCUCCCUGGCAUACUGCAGAAGCAUUGCUGUAUUUUACCUGACAGGAACACAGAGUCACAGUGUACACUCUGUGGGGAGCCUGAAGAUUUGGAUUCUCUAACAGGGCAUGCAUUUCCAGAAGAAGAGGGUGGCGAUCUGCUCAAGGCGGGCUUCAGUUUUCCAGGGACGCCAGAGGAGGAGCUAGACCAGCAGUACUCAUGGUCGCCUUCUCAGCACUUCAAUGAAGAAAGAUACUCUCCUGCUCCGAGGAAUAUGAAAGGAUUAUCUGGUAGUCGCAAUCAACCACAGUUAUGUUCAGCUCAUACUUGUGGCUUAGCAUCCCCUGAAGAUUGUGAGCAUACCCACGACCAUAUCCACCAUGGGCAGGAGCCAAGGCCGUCGUAUCUUCUCAGCCCCACGGAGAGUUGCCCGCUGGACCACCACCGUUGCUCCCCCCGCAGCUCCAUCCAUUCCGAGUGCAUGAUGAUGCCCAUGGUAAUGGGCGAUCACAUGUCAAGUAGCACUUUCCCCAGAAUGCACUACAGCUCUCAUUACGACUCCAGAGACGACUGCGCCAUGUCUCACGGUAACCCCAAGAUUAACCGUAUUCCUGCAAAUCUUUUGGACCAAUUUGAGAAACAGCUUCCUCUCCACCGGGAUGGCUUUCAUACCUUACAGUACCAGCGGACCUCAACAGCUGCGGAACAGCGCAGCGAGAGCCCGGGAAGGAUACGCCAUCUCGUUCAUUCCGUCCAGAAACUGUUUACUAAAUCUCAUUCUCUGGAAGGAUCAUCCAAGGGCAAUGUUAAUGGAACAAAGGGAGACAGUCGAGGGGACGAUCAUCAUCAUGGGCACCAUUCCAAGCACAGCAAAAGGAGUAAAAGUAAGGAGCGAAAACCAGAAAGCAAGCAUAAAUCUGGAAUGAGUAGCUGGUGGAGCUCUGAUGAUAAUUUGGACAGCGAUAGCACUUACCGAACCCCUAGCGUGGUAAAUAGGCACCAUGCAGAUCAUAUAUCCCAUUGCUAUCCUGAGGCACUCCAGGGGCAUUUUGGGGAUCUCUCAUUGAAGACUUCCAAAAGUAACAAUGAUGUGAAGUGUUCGGCUUGUGAAGGGCUACCAAUGACCCCUGAUAGUAAAUAUAUGAAAAGGAGUUCUUGGUCCACGCUUACAGUGAGUCAGGCUAAAGAAGCUUAUCGCAAAUCAUCACUGAACUUAGAUAAGCCUCUGGUUCAUCAGGAAAUCAAACCUUCCUUGAGGCCGUGCCAUUACCUUCAGGUACCUCAGGAUGAAUGGGGAGGAUACCCAGCUGGUGGGAAAGAUGAAGAGAUCCCAUGCAGAAGAAUGAGAAGUGGGAGCUAUAUUAAGGCCAUGGGAGAUGAAGAAAGUGGAGAUUCUGAUACUAGCCCCAAGACAUCGCCAAAAUUAACAGUUCGACCAGAGUCAUUAUUAAAAUCCAUUGGGCAAAGACCACUCGGAGAUCAUCAAAAUCAGAGCUACCUUCAAACUGCAAGUGACGUGCCUGGGGGUCACAACCUGGAUCCCUCUGCAAACUACAAUUCCCCAAAGUUUCGCUCAAGGAAUCAGAGCUAUAUGAGAGCAGUGAGCACGCUCAGUCAGGCCAGCUGUGUUAGUCAGAUGAGUGAAGCAGAGGUUAAUGGACAGUUUGAAUCGGUGUGUGAAUCAGUGUUUAGUGAAGUUGAAGCUCAGGCAAUGGAUGCCCUUGACCUCCCUGGAUGUUUCCGGACAAGAAGCCACAGUUACUUGCGUGCCAUUCAGGCAGGCUAUUCCCAAGAUGAUGAAUGUAUACCUGCCCUGACAUCUUCCAACAUCACCUCAACCAUCAGGUCAACCACAGCUGUAACUUAUACAAGUUACAAGAAAACACCGCCACCAGUCCCCCCUCGCACCACCUCCAAGCCGCUGAUCUCCGUGACGGCGCAGAGCAGCACGGAGUCCACGCAGGACGCGUACCACGACAGCCGGGCGCAGAGGAUAUCGCCGUGGCCGCAGGACGGCCGGGCCAUGUACAACUCCACCGACAGCCUGGACAGCAACAAGGCCAUGAACCUGGCCCUGGAGACGGCGGCUGCCCAGCGCCACGCGGCCGAGAGCCAGGGCGGCUCCAUUCGCACCAGCGACAAGGCCAUCCUCGUGACAAAGGCUGAGGAGUUCCUCAAGAGCCGGCGCUCCUCUAUAGGCAUCCAGGUGGAAACAGCAACUGAUUCAGACACUGAAAGCAGAGGCCUACGGGAAUACCACUCUGUUGGAAUACAAGUGGAAGAUGAAAAACGACAUGGACGAUUCAAGCGCUCAAACAGUGUAACAGCAGCUGUCCAAGCUGACCUGGAGCUGGAGGGUUUUCCAGGACACAUCACCAUGGAGGAUAAGGGACUUCAGUUUGGCUCCUCAUUCCAGCAGCACUCAGAGCCCAGCACACCCACCCAAUACAGUGCAGUGAGAACUGUACGGACACAGGGACUGUUCAGUUACAGAGAAGACUAUAGGACCCCAGUUGACACCUCAAACCUUCCACCACCAGAGCCCUGGCUAGAGCCAGCCAUUGAGACAGUAGAGACUGGUCGGAUGUCUCCUUGUCGGCGGGACGGAUCUUGGUUUAUGAAGUUGCUACACACUGAAACUAAGAGAAUGGAAGGAUGGUGCAAAGAAAUGGAAAGAGAAGCAGAAGAAAAUGAUCUUUCUGAAGAAAUUCUAGGUAAGAUCCGAAGUGCUGUUGGAAGUGCUCAGCUCCUCAUGUCUCAGAAAUUCCAGCAAUUUUAUUGGCUUUGUCAGCAAAAUCUGGACCCGAGUGCCAUGCCAAGACCAACUUCCCAGGACCUUGCAGGUUUCUGGGACUUACUGCAGCUCUCAAUUGAAGACGUCAGCAUGAAGUUUGAUGAACUGCACCAGUUGAAACUCAAUGAAUGGAAAAUAAUAGAAUCACCUGAAAGGAAGCCAACGGGUUGGUGGAUGGAAGAAAGAAAGAUUCCUCCUCCUGUACCAAAGAAGCCCCCAAAAGGAAAAUUCCCUAUCACAAGAGAAAAAUCUCUGGACCUACCUGACAGACAGCGGCAAGAAGCGAGAAGACGGCUGAUGGCUGCCAAGCGAGCAGCCUCUUUCCGGCAGAAUUCAGCCACAGAGCGUGCAGACAGCAUUGAGAUCUACAUCCCAGAGGCUCAAACCCGGCUUUAAAGACAGAAUGCUGCACAGUUCCCUUUUUUAAACAAAAUGCUUGUACAGUUUGUCACUUACCUGGUAAUUUUUGUCUCAUUCUCUCCACUAAAUAUGCCCUUGAUGUUGUGUUCUUUGUGCCAUAAGCACAGUGGAAUGCUUUUGAUUUCCUCAGAAUUUGCUGAGCUCACCGCAAGAACGACUUCUUUUUGUAUUUAUUGUCUGACUUACAAUCAGCUACAAUGGAUAGGGCUUGUCAAGACCUGACUUAUCCAAUAUAUUCUCAGAGGACAACAAGAAACACCUCUUGAGAUGGAACCCAGCUUACUUUUUGUUAUUUAUAUUUUUAUAAAAUGUGUGAUAACUAGGGAUAAGAAUAACAAACUAUAAAUGGGUGCAUCUCACCAUUCACUAGAGGCAUUAGCUAAUCCAAGUAGAAGGUGCUACAAAUGUAAAGAGCAGGAAAGAAAGAACCCAUUUAUCUCCUUGACCUCCAGUUUCUUUUCCUAGAAUCCAGCUAACAUAUUUACCCAUGCACUCUGCCACUCUUCUCAUCUUUGUUACUGCAAAAUAACAUUAGGCCUCUCAUCUCAUUCAAGUUUCUGGAGAUGAACAGGGAUAUCCAGCCACUAAAACUCCAAAGUUCAUCAGAAACCAAGAAGCAUACGAGUCUGGUGAUGGUGGGAAUGUCCACUAAGAAACAUUUGCUGUUAGCAGUAUAACGACACUCUGAAACCUAAACAAAAUUGUAAUGCAAGAGGACUUGAGUGAUGGGUGAAAGGAAAAUGGAAGCCUUAAAAAGUUAGAUCUUCUCUAGUAAGAUGAGUAAAGAAAAAGUUAUACUCGCUCCUUUGGAUGACUCAUUGCAUUUUUAAAAGUUAUUUUACAUGUUAAUAUUUAUUUUAUAAACCUUUUCUCUUUCAUUUCAAGAGCUGUGCUACAUGUACUAUUUCAACCUCUCAAAUUGUUAUAACAAUUGAGUUUCCAGGGUAUCCUUGAGAACAAAAAAAUCUUGCUUGUUUAAAAUGCCAGUUGUGAUGUUGUAAACAGUUUAAGAAAUAUGAAUGUGAGUGGUAAGUAUAUAUAAGUUUAAAUGGUUAUGUUAAGGUAAAGGUGAACUGUGGUUUACAGUUGUAUUUUUUUUUUAGAACUAUUUUUCUAUGCAGUAUCAUUUAUGGCAAGAAUAAGGUUCUUGCUUGCUUCAGACAUAGAAAAAAAACAAAAAAACUGACUCAAGAGAUAAGUGAUUUCCAGCUAUGGAAUAUAAGGAAAAUAAUAUAUUUUCAAGCCUCAUAUUGUCAAAGAGAGAAGUGGUAGCUACCACAGUCAAGAGGCUUUCGUUUAAAACAAAUUAGGACAGAAUUAUUCCACUUCACUUACCUUCCAGAGCCAACCAAGCAAUCCAGCACUUAGAAGUCUUCAGGUGAAGACGCAAUAAAAUGAGUAACACACAACCCCCAUACCAAGCUUUGAAUCCUAUUGAACUCAAGUUUGGGUGAAAAGAGCAAGAACCCAGUGAGACAGACAGCCCCAGCUACCACAUUCCCAAUUUACCUGCUUUAACAAAUGCAAUGUAUUUAGCCAUAGGCAGAACAACUCUUUAUUCUACUCGAGCACUUUGGUUCUUCACCUGUUGAGCACUUUAAAUCCAAAUCCCACACACCCUGCAGCCUGAUGGAUGACUGAAAACACGAAGUACCAUAGGUUAUGCAGAUCUGACAUUGCUUCAAAUCUAUUUUCUUUUGGUUGGUUGGUUGGUUGUUUUUUCCCUUCUCUUUUUCCUACAGUGUGUGGUAUUAAGCAUGAGUUCUGUCUUUGGACAGCUGAUAAAGCAUGCUUGGCUUCAAAGUAUGAAUCUUUAGAGAUGAAGUUUUGAGAAGUUUCUGUGAGAAGACACCCCUGUAAUUUGAGCCUGGUAUCUGGUAUAUACUUUACCAAAUAGCCUUAAACUAUAUUUGAAGCAAAAACCAAGACGAAUGUAUAUCCUUUGAGAAUGCAAAAAACAAAAAGGAAAAAAAAAGAAAAAAAAAAAGGAAUAAAAAAUAAAGAAUCCCUGAAGUAUUCUUCUGUAGAUGAAAGCAUUGUAUUUCCCAUCCCUUGUGUUUUCAAGGCAUUUUCUAUUAAGGAAAGAGCUGAAUCCUAGGCAGCGUACAAUAUUGAUGCUACUUCCUAUACUUGUUGUACUACUUUAAAUACAGAAGUACAUGCAGAGACUGGCAUCUUUAGUCCUGAAAACUGGUAUCUUAAAGUGGAGCUGCUAAUUAGAAUAUCCACACAAAACCAAAGCCAGUAUUUUUCCUAGAUUGAAGAAAUUUGAAUUACAGAAGCAUGCACCUGUACACGUUUAGACAUAUGGCAGCUGACACAUUUUUUCUAAUUUUAAGUACACUUCCAGGAGGAAUCACACUUAUUUUACUUGCUUGAACCCUCCUACCUGCAGCAACAGGUCAUGCAAUUAAGACAAGCUGUACCCGAUCCUGCCAGUAAUUAGACUUUAUGAAAAGAAAUUUUAAACCAAACAGAUUAUACUGAGAUCCUAGCUGGCCUAAUAAUGCUGACUUGGAGCAGUCUGUGUUCUACAUUUCCCAUGCUGUCAUAAGAAAAUUCUCAGUAUAAGAUUUAUAAAUCUAUGAUUUCUGUUUGUUCCACCAUACAAAAACACCCAAAUAAACAAACAAAAAAAAACACAAAAAACAAUUGGAAAAAAACAAAAGAAAACUAGAUGGCUACCAACAAAUCUGAUAAUGGUAUCUGUUCACAUUACAUUUUGAAGUGCAAUAUGUUAAAUGAUUGUACAGGUAACAUUAUAUCUUUCAAGGCAAAUAAGCCAUUCCAAUUUACAUAUUGUACACAUGGUUAGUUUAGAAUGAUAACAUUAUGCUUAUCAUAUUUGUAUUGCAAAUAAAUCAGUCAGAUUACUUCAUUCUCUAACAUGAAAAACACUGUAUUUUAAUAAACGUGUGACCAGAUCAAUUGUAAUCUGACUCCACAUCACAAAAAUAAAAGUCAGUUACAAAACAAAGUAAGAGGAGCAUAAAUAAACAGAAAGAUAGAAACUAGAAUUCUUUCUCCCAUGAAAGUUCAUGACCCACUCAGAACAGCUGAAUAAAGCAAAAUAGUCUAGUGCUUAAUUAAAUAUUAAUUGGGCUAAUAUGUAUUUUAACACUUUAAAACUAUAGAAAGUCUCUGUUCAUUUAGUCAUUGCCUGUAAAACACAAGUAUACUAAACAGAAUUCAGCAAAUUUAAAUAAGGAAAAAGGCCUGAAUGGUAGAAUUGUUGAUAUUUGCCAUACUUAUUUUUGCUUUGUAUAUUUUGUUAGAUUUGAAAUUCUUUGUAAUUUGGUGAAGUACAUUAUGAAGUGUUUUAUUAUUUCAUGUCCACCUGAUCAGAAUGGCCCUUGGCAGAAUGCAAAGAUGAACAACGUUGUACAGUUUAAUACCAAAAAAUUAUAUUUUAAUUCAUGCUUAAACUAUAUUAGAUUUGAGAUCAUUCAUGAAGGAAUUAAAGUGUGCAUAGGAAGGUGUGUGAAUUUCAUAGAUAUAGUAGAUAUAGAGAGAUGUAAAAUAUAUUUCAUAUAAUGGAAAUUAUUUGUUUUAAAAUAAGCCCAUGUCCUGCUGUAUCAGUAAAUUAGUACUCUACUUCCUCAGCACUGCAUUUAGUAUACAGUCAAGGAAUGUUUGGUCAGUGGGGGGUUUUUGCCUGGUGGGGUGUCACCCAUGGCCAGUGCUCGCCCUGCAGCCUCCCCGUGGCUGUGGAAGCUGUGCCCUUGCGAGGCCCCUGGCCCCGUGGCACCCCAGGCAGUGCCACCAGUUCUGUCCCACGCAGGCCCCCUAACCCAGAGCAGAGCCUCCCCAUCUGCCCAGCUCAGCCUUUUCCUCUCAAGCCUUGAGCCUGCCCUGCCCAGCCGGUGGGGUUGAUUCCUGCUCAGCAGUUCAGUGUUGGCACCAUGGCAAGGGCACACUGGAGGCUGGCCCACCAAGUGCUGGUUUGUGCAUGCCAGUUUGAGGUCUGAAGCUGGUUUGGCAGCUCCAGCUGUCGAGCUGUGUGCACUGAAACCCUGUGAAAGCAGACCCUCAGUGUAAGAGAGCUUAAAUGAAUCAUGAAGCAAUGUUACUCCCAUUACUGUUCCUAGAGCAUCUUAGGGUGCAGGGGUACCACCCGCCAGCUGCGCUCGAGGUAAGGAAUAUCAACAGACCCCUUAGUGUCUAGAGAGGUGCUUCCUGCUGUUUGACAGGUUGACACCCACACUUAUACAGUGCCUUUCAUCCAGAAGGAUCUCCAAGCACUUUAUUAGCCAACACACAAACUCCAGGCUGGGCUGCAGCUGGGACAGGUUCAGCAUGGCAGGAUGCUGGGGGUUCUCCCACCUGUCCCCAUGCUGCUGGGAAGUUUCCUUCCACAGCACCCUUCCAGCAUCUGGGACCUCACAGUCUGAGCCUGUGCUGAAGGAGAAAAAGAGACACACUGA